AUGUCGGACGAAGACGAACUGUACUACUUGCAGCCUGGCUUCAAUGUCAACUCUCUGACUAUUCCAAAACUGCGCGGUAUUCUCACCCAGCAUGAUGUCGACUACCCCUCCGCAGCCAAGAAGGCUGAGCUAGUCGAGGUGUUCGAAUUUGAACUACUUCCCAAAGCGAAAAAGUUGUUGCGCCAACAGGAGCGAGUCCGACGGACCAGUCGCGGCAUCACCGAUAUGUCAAGCCAGGACAGUACUGUCGAUGGCGAUGAAGACGAGGAUUCUGCGCUGAUGCCCCCGCCACCGCCGCCAAAGACACCGCGAAGCCGCAAGUCCAAGACAAAUGUCGCUGAUCCCAAGCCCUCAACAGCCCGCAAAUCAAGGACGCCUAGCGCCAGGAGCACCAGUGGUCGCCCGAGAUCAUCUGACACCGAGACAGAGGGAGACACAACUGUUGUGCGACCGUCAGCAAGAAAGACGCGCAAGAGCCAGCCUGGACCUACACCUGUGUACUCGGAGCCCACAGCGGACGCCAGCCGACCGAAGCGCGAAACUGAGUCUUCCCCGUUCUCAGACGACAAUCCCUUCCAGCAAGGCUCGAGCCCCUUACAGCAGUCCCGUCACGUCUCGUCAUCAGGGCGCAAGUCUACAGGCAGACCCAGCUCGAGCAGGAGGCGAGAAACUCGAUCACCCACUAUUAAGCACGAGGAGCCAGGCCAUACUACCUACCAAUUCCCCGUCGAGCAGUUACGAUCCGCAGACUACAUCCCAGCUACAGAAGAAUUCACACCCGAAGCUACCCGAGAAGUCGCAGCAGAGGAUCAAAUUGCACCACGACGUACCCAAGCACUAGUCCGACGCAAGAAGAAGCCAGCCAGUACAGUCCCAAGAAACCUGUCACUGGGCGCACUGGUCUCCGUACUUGGCGCGCUGGCGGGAUGGUAUCGGCAGGAAAAGAUCAAUGUGGGAUACUGCGGUGUUGGUUCUUCGGAAUGGUCGCUUGCCGCAAACCCGAACAUCCCUCCCUGGGUCAACGAGAAUCUUGGUCCAACCUGCGAACCAUGUCCUCAGCACGCCGUCUGCUUUCCGAAUAUGGAGGUGCAAUGUGAACAAGACUUUGUGCUGGUGCAACAUCCACUAGCUGUCGGUGGCGCCGUGCCACUUUCACCCACCUGCGAGCCGGACUCCGAAAUAGAACGGCGGAAGAAGGCCGUUGCGGACAAGGCCAUCGAAGAACUACGAGCUCGUCGAGCAGCAUAUGAAUGUGGCGAUGAGCUCACACCAGAUACAACAUCCACCACUGAUGAAGUGGUCGAAGCAGUCAAGACAGUGGUCAAGGCCGGUGAAACGAAGCUGGAGAUCUCCGAAGAGGCGCUCAAAGCUCAAAUCUCAAAACAACGCCGUCGUGAUAUGAGCCCCGAGCAGUUCACUGCCCUGUGGGAAGGUGCUUUCCAGGACAUCACAGGUCGCGAAGAGAUCGAAGUCGUGCGCGAUGGCGCCCGAACCUACCUCCGAUCAACAAGCCUCGCCAGACUCCCAAUCCAGUGCGCCAUCAGAAGGUAUGCUAUCCGGACAGUGGCAGCGUAUCGGAUCCCUCUUGGACUUGUAGGCUUGCUCCUGGCAGGCCUGGCAUACGUCCGGCAACGAAUCGUCGCCUAUAAAGCUGCGACGGCCCAAAUCCCAGCUCUAGUCGACAUCACACUCGACCGACUAGCAACCCAAGCAGCGCUCAAAGAAGACGACCGCGCUAAGGAAGCACACCUUGCCGUUGGAGGGCUGCGUGACGACGUGCUGCGGAAUGUAUUCAGCUCUCGUGAGCGAGAACGCGUCUGGGCGAAUGUGCGGAAAGUCGUUGAGAACAAUAGCAACGUCAGAGCCGCGACAAGAGAAGGUCGUGGUGGUGAAGUUGGCCGGACUUGGGAGUGGAUUGGGCCGGUGGACUUCGCUGGUGUGGCCGGACUGGAAGGUCGGAGGAGUGGUGUUGGAUACAGUCUCGGUGGUUUUGGCAACAGGAAGAGCUUGGGUGCUUCGCCUGACCUUGGUGAUGGGGACACGUCGAUGAUGUCGGUCAACGAGGCGGGACAGCAGUUACAGAGGGAGGCGAAGGAGGAUGGCAGGAAGUGGAACGAGGGGAGGGAUUACUUCUAA